AUGUCCGCUUUUAUAUGCAGGAGCUGUCGAGCUUCCCAACGAACAUUGCGACGUUACGGCCCUCAAUCAACUCGUGCCUAUUCCUCCCUAGCACCACCCAAGGAGCCCCUAGACCUCAAAGACCCCAAACAACCAAUCGACGUGGAAGCUCUCCUCUCGAAGCCCACCUGGUCCGUCAAGGAACUCAUCCCAUCAAACGAAGCAAAGCACGCUGGAGCCCUGGAUGUGAAGCCUGAACAGCUACACCACCUACUGCGGCUUUCCGCACUCCCUAUGCCAAAGUCCCCACAGGAGGAGAAAGAGAUGCUUGGAACACUCGAUCUACAAUUGCAUUUCGUGAGGAAGAUGCAGAAUGUGGAUACAGAAGGCGUAGAGCCGUUGCAGAGUAUCAGGGAUGAAACCACGAAGGGCAGGGAAGAGGCUACAAUUGGGCUGGAAGAAUUACGAGAUGCACUGGGGAAGGAGGAUAUUAAAGGGCGGAAUAGGAGGCCUAGGAGACGAAGGGAGGUAGUUUAUACAGAGGGUGUGGAGGACUGGGAUGUACUUGGGACGGCUAGUGAAAAGAUCGAGACUCCUGGGGGAAAGUAUUUUGUGGUGAGGAGUGGGAAGGCACAGGAGAGCGAAUGA